AUGAAAGAAUUCACACUGGAGAGAAACCUUAUGCUUGUAAGCAUUGUGGGAAAACUUUCACCAGCUCCAGUUGGCGUAGCAUUCAUGAAAGGUGUCACACUGGAGAGAAGCCUUAUGCAUGUAAGAAGCACUGUGGGAAAACUUUCUUCGGCUCCAGUUCUCGAAACUCUCAUGAAAGAAUUCACACUGAAGAGAAACUCUUCCUGGCAUAACACUCAUGUAAGAAUACACAAAAUAAAGCAGCACUAUGCAUGUAAGCACUGUGGAAAAACUUUCACCAUUCCCAGUCUGCAUAACAUUCAUGAAAUAAUUCACAAUGUAAAGAAGAAGCUUUAUUAUGCCUGUAAGCAUUAUGGAAAGGCUUUCAACAGUUCCAAGCGCUGUAAAAUUCAUGAAAGAACUCACACUGGAGAGAGGGUUUAUGCAUGUAAGCAUUGUGGGAAAGCCUUUAGCAAUUCUUAUUAUCAUAACAUUCAUGAAAGGAUUCACACUGGAGAGAAGCCUUAGUCAUGUAAGCAUUGUGGAAAAGCCUUUACCUGUUCCACUUAUUGUAACAGGCAUGAAAGCAUUCACGCUGGAGAGAAGCCUUUUGCACAUAAGCAUUGUGGGAAAACCUCCAAUUCUUAUUAUCAUAACAUUCAUGAAAGAAUUCACUCUGGAAAGAAGUUGUAUGCAUGUCAGCAUUGUGGAAAAGCCUUCAAUAGUGCUUUUUGUCAUAACAGACAUGAAAGAAUUCACUCUGAAAGGAAGCUUUAUGUAUGUAAGCAUUGUGGAAAAGCCUUCUCCAGUUCUACAUACUGUAACAUUCAUGAAAGAAUUCAUACUAGUGAGAAACCUUAUGCAUGUAAGCAUUGUGGCAAAACCUUUGCCAUUUUGAGUUCCUGUCACACCCAUGAAAGAAUUCACACUGGAGAGAAGCCUUACACAUGUAAACAUUGUGGAAAAGCCUUCACCCAAUCCAGUUAUUGUAACAUUCAUGAAAGGAGUCACAGUGGUGAGAAACCUUAUGCAUGUAAGCAUUGUGGAAAAACUUUCACCACUUCCAGUUGGCGUGACAAUCAUAAAAAGCAUCACACGAGAGAGUAGGCUAAUGGAUGUAAGAAUUGUGGGAAAGCCUUCAUAAGUUCAACUUGCUACAAGAGCCAUAAAAGGAUUCAUACUGGAGAGAAACAUGUGGGAAACUGUUCCUUUGCUCUCACUUUAUUAAACAUAAAAGAUCUCACAUUGGAAAGGAACCUUACCAAUCUCAGCCUUGUGAAAGAGCCUUCACUACCCCAAGUUCAUGUGGCAUUCAGGAAACAACUCACACUGGAAAUAAGCCUCAUGCAUGUAAGCACUGUGGAAAAGCCCACCCUGGUUCCAGUUGCUGUAAUAUUCAUGAAGGAUGGAGAGAUGCCAUACAUCUGUAACCAUGUGGAAAAGCCUUUCACAGUCAUAGUUCCUACUAUACUCAUAAAAAAAUUUCACAGUGGUGGAAAACUUUGUUUGGAAUAA